CGCGCAGACAGUCAGACACACUGAAACUUGACUGGCAUGAGUGACAUCAUGACCAACAACAUGUCAGUGAACUGCAGUAAAGAGUUCGACCACGUGGAUGAAGUGAUGAAAGUUUUGGAGCUGGUCUUCUAUAUUCCUAUAUUUGUCGUCGGUCUGAUUCUCAAUAUUGCAGCGCUGGCGGUGUUCUGCGGCCUUCUGCGAAAAAAGACUGAAUCUGCUAUUUCUGCUAUCUACAUGAUAAACUUGGCUUUGAUGGACUUGGUUCUCCUGUUGAUUCUUCCCUUCAAAAUGCAUGCCACUAAUCACAAGUGGCCCGCCAGCUUCCACGGACUGUGUUCAAUUUUGGAAGGGCUUUAUUUUUAUGGGAUAUAUGGAAGCAUAUACAUCAUUAUGUGUAUAGCUGUAGAUAGAUGGGUGGCUAUCUGUCAUCCGUUUAAAUCCAAGCAGUUGCGUUCACCCAAAGCAGCUAUGGCAACUUGUAUAGCCGUGUGGAUGCUUGUGUCUGCAUCAGUCAUUCCAGUCAUCUGUAACUUCAGGAAAAGCAAGAGCAACACAUUUCAUUGUUUCCACGAGUUUUCACCGGAAGGCUGGAAACCUCCCAUCAUCAUCAGUGUGCAGGUGUUUGGGUUCAUUGUGCCUGCACUGGUGGUGGUUUUCUGUUCAGUUCAGAUCAUCUGGACACUUCAGCAGUCUGGUCAGCACAGCCCACAGAGCCGGGCCUGUGUGAAGAUCAUCUACAGCGGGCUGUGCGCGUUCCUGGUGCCUUUCACUCCGAGCCACCUAGCCAUCUUCCUGCAAUUUCUGGUGCAUCAAGGAGCAUUUCAGGACUGUGGCACCAAGGCCAAUCUCAGCCUGUUCAUACAGAUUGCUAUGUGCCUGUCAAACAUCACCUGCUGUCUGGACGCCAUGUGCUACUACUUUAUUGCCCAUGAAGUGAGGAACACCAGACACAGCUUAAGGAUGUCAAUACUGAGCCAAAGGAGAGCCACCAACAGCACUUCUGAACGGGAGAGAGGCGAGUCAAGUUGAGACAAAAACUGUCCCUAGAGGAUCACUGAUGUGAUGUUAUGUUGUGUUAAUAUAGCAAAACGAGGCUAAAACCUUGUUUUGUAUCAGAGCAGUAAAGCUGGAGACAAGUCAAUAGUGGACCCAAUAGCUGAUAAGCAUAGUGUCACGCACUAAAAGUAAUUAACCUGCUCGUAAGGAAGCAGGUCAGAGUGUAAUCUAAAUUAACCACACAGCUGAAUGCAAGGCUGUAUGAUCUGAUCCAGCAGCAGGAAGCCAGUAGGCACCUCUCUAACCUCAAAGCGCUCUAAUGCGUUAAAUGAAGGCUGCAAAACAACCCAUGAACUAAAAAGCCACAGUCUGACAUGCUUUAAAAAAUCAUUAAAAGCAUGAAAAGGUCACUCAAACCUGCAAACCAACAAUGAGUGAGAAAGUGACAGGGACAGGCAGCAUGACUCAUUUUAAAGAACUAAAAACUGAUACUGGCGGGCAGUUCAAAAAUGCCUUUGUGAUAUUAUCUAGGACUGAAAUCAAACAUGCACAAAGACGGCUCUUAUUAGUCAGAAUUCUCAUCAAAGACAAAAUAGAUUAAUUGUUUCAGACUAAACGAAUUUAACAGAUGCAUAAUUAUUUUUUUUAUAUUCAAAAAAGGUAGCUAACCGUAAUAAUAAGCAUAUUUUAGUCGUGAAUCUCUAAUCUAUGAAAUGCAGAUUUACAUAAAAAGUAAACAAAACGAAAUUAUGCCAAUAUAUCUAAUUAAUUACAAUUCAAAUAUGCAUAUUUCCUUGAUGAGUACACAGAUGAAUCAGGGUUUAUAAAUCACAUCCACAGGUAUGCAUUAAACAUAUGAAACUAAAAACGAAACAUUAGCAAUAAUUUCAGUGGUUCAUUUCAUUUUUUAAAACAUUAAAUAAUACAAUGGAUCCUAAAUGGUUGUAAAAAAUUCUCACUGCAAAAUAAGUAACAAUAUCAUCUAUAUUUAUUAAAUAAUAAUUAAAUGUAAAUGUUUAAUCAGAAAUACAGCAACAGUCAAAUAUAGAAAUAAACACGGCCUGAGGAAGAGUAGAGAGGAUUUUUUUGUGCGUUGUUAAUAGAUUUUGCAUUCAUUUUCUGUCUUUUAAAUCUCAUAAAUUAUACUAAAAAAAUAUAAUAUAAAAAAAAUAUUAAAAGUGACAUUAUUAUAAGAGAGGACUAAAGCAUUUAUGAUUAUUGCAUUAAGUGAUCUGUUUAUAGUUUUGCAGAUGAAAACUGACUUCGUAUGCUUUUUUUGCUUUGUUUAUAAACUGAUAUUGUUAGCUGUAGCAUUUCAUAUUUAGCUGUACUGAACUUUGUAUUUUAUUUUUAGCUUGCAACCUUAGGUGCAUAAUAGUUUUAUUGAAAUGUUUAAAAACCGUAAGUAUGUAGUCCCGGCCAUGCGUAGGUCACUGCUGAAAGAACUGUUUUCAUAUUACUGUUUGGGUUUAUGUGAAUGCUGUCACAUGAAAAGUCAAAUGGAAAGCUGCUUAUGAAGCACACAGAGCUGUCGCUGACCAUAUGUUGCCGAUGUUGAAGGGUCAUUUUGUGUUUUAUGACAGCGUGCCUCACUUGUGGCUUAACCGUACCAUAAUGUUGUAUUUAAUGUAUAUAUCUUUCAUAAAAAUGUGUGAAAAGCUCUCUUUGAAACCAUCAUAUGCUGGUUUCAUUGCAUUACCUGCAUAUUGAAACUUUAUUUUAUUAUAAUUUAAGUUUCUGCAUUUUGUACUCAAUUGUAUUUUUACUUGUAAAAUACUUUUGUGAUCCCUGCAUCUUGAGCCAACCCACGGAG